CGGUGCCGGCCCGUGAGCCACAGCGUCUCUGCAGACGAGUCUCCGCCCGGGUCCGGCGGGGCGCCCGCCGUGGGAGGAGUCGGGCGCUGGCCGGCGACUAACCCGGGUCGCACUGGCGGAUCAACCGAGGAGGGCCCCGGACUACGGAGAGAGGGACCCCGGCUUCGCGACCCCCCAGGAACCUCCUCUUCUCGAUCUGUGGCACCCCCUAGUCCCGGGCACCCAGCCCCGGAGAGCCCCCAAUCCCGCGCGCCCAGCCCCGGGGGAGCCCGCCCCCGCCCCGCGGCCCGCCCGGGCCAUGCUCCCCCGGGGCAGCGGCUGAGCCUGAGCUGGAACCGGGACCGGAACCCACGCGGAGCAUGGAUCCGGGUUGGGGGCAGCGGGACGUGGGCUGGGCAGCCCUGCUGAUCCUCUUCGCCGCCUCACUGCUCACGGUGUUGGGCUGGCUGCUGCAGUAUGCCCGGGGCUUGUGGCUGGCGCGGGCCCGCGGUGGCCGGGGCCAGGGACCCGCCUUCGCUGCCGAGCCCGCCGUCUCCCUGCGGGAGCUGGGCGUGUGGCGCUCGCUGCUGAGGCUAAGGGCGACUCGGGCCGGCGCACCCGAGGAGCCAGGCGUCCGGGGCCUUCUGGCAUCUCUCUUCGCCUUCAAGUCUUUCCGGGAGAACUGGCAGCGGGCUUGGGUGCGAGCGCUGAACGAGCAGGCCUGCAGGGAUGGGAGCUCCAUCCAAAUCGCCUUUGAGGAGGUGCCCCAACUCCCACCCAAAGCCAGCAUCAGUCAUGUGACCUGCAUAGACCAAUCAGAGCGCACCAUGGUGCUGCACUGCCAGCUCUCUGCUGAGGAGGUGAUGUUCCCAGUCUCUGUGACCCAGCAGUCCCCCGCUGCCGUCUCCAUGGAGACCUACCACGUCACUCUGACACUGCCACCAACACAGUUGGAAGUCAACCUGGAGGAAAUCCUUGGCGAAGGCCUGCUUGUAUCCUGGGCCUUCACUGAUCGCCCAGAUCUCAGCCUGACGGUGCUUCCCAAGCUGCAAGCCAGGGAGAGAGGUGAGGAGCAAGUAGAGCUCUCUACUAUUGAGGAGCUGAUUGAGGAUGCCAUAGUCAGCACCCAGCCAGCUAUGAUGGUCAACCUCAGGGCUUGCUCUGCCCCUGGGGGCCUGGUUCCCAGUGAGAAGCCACCCAUGGCGCCCCAGGCCCAGCCAUCCAUCCCCAGACCUAUCCGGUUAUUCCUAAGGCAGCUUCGAGCAUCUCACCUGGGAGGUGAGCUGGAAGGCACUGGGGAAGUGUGCUGUGUAGCUGAGCUUGACAACCCCAUGCAACAGAAGUGGACCAAGCCCACGAGGGCUGGGCCUGAGGUGGAGUGGAGCGAGGACUUGACAUUGGAUCUGGGCCCCCAGAGCCGGGAGCUGAUCCUCAAAGUGCUGAGGAGUAGCGGCUGUGGAGACACUGAACUCUUGGGCCAGGCCACACUGUCUGUGGCCUCCCCUUCCAGACCACUGUCCCGAAGACAGGUGUGCCCACUCACCCCUGGGCCAGGGAAAGCCCUGGGGCAGGCAGCCACCAUGGCAAUAGAGCUUCAGUAUGAGGAGGGUUCCCCCCGGAACCUGGGCACUUCCACCCCCUCGACUCCACGCCCCAGCAUCACACCUACCAAGAAGAUUGAGCUGGACCGGACCAUCAUGCCGGAUGGCACCAUUGUCACCACAGUCACCACUGUCCAGUCCCGGCCCCGGGUAGAUGGCAAAUUAGACUCCCCCUCCCGCUCCCCGUCCAAGGUUGAGGUGACCGAGAAGACGACGACGGUGCUGAGUGAGAGUGGUGGCCCCAGCAGCACGUCCCACAGCAGCAGCCCAGGGGAGAGCCACCUUUCCAACGGCCUGGACCCUGUAGCAGAGACAGCCAUUCGCCAGCUGACUGAACCCAGUGGGCGGGCAGCCAAGAAGACACCCACCAAGCGUAGCACACUUAUCAUCUCGGGUGUUUCCAAGGUGCCCAUCGCUCAGGAUGAGUUGGCACUGUCCCUGGGCUAUGCGGCAUCCUUGGACGCCUCAAUACAGGAUGAUGCAGGGCCCAGCGGAGGUCCCUCCUCACCUCCCUCAGACCCCCCAGCCAUGUCCCCAGGACCCGUAGAUGCCCUCUCCAGUCCCACGAGUGUCCAGGAAGCAGAUGAGACAACACGUUCGGACAUUUCUGAGAGGCCCUCCGUGGAUGAUGUUGAGUCAGAAACAGGGUCUACUGGUGCCCUGGAAACCCGCAGUCUCAAGGAUCACAAAGUGAGCUUUCUGCGCAGCGGCACGAAGCUCAUCUUCCGCCGGAGGCCACGUCAGAAGGAAGCUGGUCUGAGCCAAUCACACGAUGACCUCUCCAACACGGCGACCACACCCAGCGUCCGAAAGAAGGCUGGCAGCUUUUCUCGGCGUCUUAUCAAGCGCUUUUCCUUCAAAUCUAAACCCAAGGCCAAUGGCAACCCCAGCCCUCAGCUCUGAGGGCCCUGUUCACCCUCUGAGCCAGGAGAGAGCGGGAAUCCUCUCAGCCCUUUCCCCACAUUCCCUUCCAUUCCCCUCCCUGGAUUCCCAACAGCCUGGGCCAGGGAAGCCCCCCGAGUUCCAGGAAGCCCUAUCCACCCUGGGCUGUGGGGCCAGCUGGAAGGGUACUUGCAACGGGAAGCGUGUGAGAAGUGGACACCCGUUGCCAAGGACAUAGAAGAGGGAGUGGGUGGCUGGGAGCAAGAGGAGGCUCUGUCCUGACACCCGUGGGCAUUCCUCAGGCCCGUUUGCCUGCUGUUGACACCCACCCCCUCAGAGGAGUCCCAGGGUGCUCAGCUCCUCAGAUGAUCCUUUCUCCCUUAUUUAUUCUCUUUUCUAUUUAUACGUGUGGUCCCGGCCCCUCAGUGAACAGUGGAUAGAGGGCAUCUCUCCCAGGUGACCCUUCUCUCCUGUCUGAGGAGGGUUGGCAAUUCCCUUUGGGAUGGGGCUCCCACACCUCCCUCAGGUCCCCACCCCGACCAGCACCAGUGUCUGCCUCUGAGGACAUUGGCAGCUCAUAGAAUGCUGGGCUGGUGCCCAGGAUGGGGGGCAGGUACUCCCCAUUCCCUGCCUCCCCUUCUGCUCCUCAUCCCUCCCUCCCCCUUUAUUACCGUUUUUGUACUUGAUGCCUUCUCUGUGACCAGUGGCUCUGUUGGAAGGAGGGAGCCAGGAGCCUGCUGGGAAGCCUUCCCCAGAGAGAUGGCUUUAGGAGUCUUAUUUACAGACUGGGUGAUGAUGGAGCAAGAGUAGGGUUGCCCCUCUGUAUAGUGGGAGAUGAUGAUGUCCAUUGCUGUGUGAUGGCUUGGAAUUUAAUUUAUUAAAG